AUGGAGACUUUCUUAAAAGAGCUAAGUUUAGCCUGUAAGCAUUUGAUUGAGUUUAGAGACAUGUAUGAGUAUGAGAAUCGCAUAAAAACCUUCAGAGAUUGGCCUUUUAUGGAGAAUUGCAAAUGUACCCCUGAGCAUACUUUGUUAAUUAAAAAUGCUCUUAAGCCACAUGUGCAAGUUAAAGCAGAGUUAGGAGUCUCAAUUAAGCCUACAGAAGUUAGGGAAGAAGAGAUGGCCAGGGCUGGCUUUAUCCACUGUCCAAGUGCAAAUGAACCUGAUGUGGCAAAGUGUUUCUUCUGCCUGAUAGAGCUGGAGGGCUGGGAGCCAAAUGAUGAUCCACAGGUAGAGCACUCCAAACGUCCUAGCAACUGUGGGUUUUUAUCCCUUACUAAGAACUUUGAUGAUCUGACAAUGGAGGAGUACUAUAUGCUGGAGAUGGACCGGCUCAGGACUUUUCUUUGCAAAACCGGCAGAAGCACAAUGAAGUCCUUUGAAGAAGAAGUUGAUGCAACCAGAAAACGCCUCAUUGAUCACUUUGUCAGCAAACAUCAGUACACUCCAGAGCCAAAGAUGCCGCUAUCAGAGUCUCCCUCAACUUGCUGA